UGUUAGCUUGUUAGCUAGCAGACGAACGGCUGAAAUGGAGAUAUGACUGAGUAAUAACUGCUUAUUACAUAUGCACCGUUAAGUUAUAACAAAACCAAAAGUGAUGGAGGACGGUAACAGGAAUAACACAGCAGCUUCCACAUCCAAGAGCCAUGCAUCUCUACACCUGCAGACUCCAAAAAAUGAGGACACCUAUGAAAUUGCCAUUCCAUUUGAAGAGAACAACUUUGAGCAGCAGGGAUUUUUCAACCAGAGUGAUCAGAAUUUUGAUGAACCACCCUCCACCUCCGGGCCAUCUACGGUCAGCAAUUCAUAUAUGGUGAUUACCAACCUGCGGACCCAGCUCCAGAUCUCUCUGGAGAAAAACUCCUGGCUUCAGAAAAGAAUCGAGGACCUGGAAGAGGAGAGGGACUUCCUUCGGUGCCAGUUGGACCGCUUUAUCUUUUCCACAAAAAGCCAGGGAACAGAACAGGGUCAGAGUCACUACAAUAACGGGUAUGAAUCUAGACGAUUCAACUGGAGGGCAAGAAGAGAGGAAGACCGUCCCGCUGAACAACAGAAGACGGACCCGCAGCAUUUCCCUCAGCGUCAGUUUAUCCAGCGAAGGCCUGGUCCUCCCACUAUGGUCCCUUCCAAAAACCCUGUCUCUAAUCAGAUACCCACUCAGCUCUCCAAUAUGAAUGCCUUGUUCAACACAACACAAUCCCAGGCUCUUUUACAAAGCCAUAGUCAUGCCUCUCCAAGUACAACAGCCAGUGGCAGCAACAGCAAAAACAACAAUUCUGCAAGAUCCUCUUUGAAUGACCUGAGUAGACACAGUGGCCCAGAUUCCCUCUCACUGUUGGGAGAAUCUGAUGAGUUCUUGGAGCAGGAAGGCUUCAUCGAGGAGGAGGAAAUGAUCUCAGGGGAAGAUGUCAUGUCAGAGGCAAUUAACACCAACAGGCACCAGUUAAAGAGGAGGCGACUCUUCCGAGCUCCACGAGAGCGACAGAGAGUCAAAGAUGCUGCAGGGGUGCUUUUCCGCUAUAAGAAGAUUCUCCUUACAUACCAGCGGCUCAAAAAUAUGUCUAAAGCCUUCCAAAUCCACGGGGUCGACCGCAACACAGUCGCCUCCACCACGCCCAUCGCUGAGCUGCUUCUCGUGGCACCAGAGAAGGUGGCCGAGGUGGGAGAGUUUGAUCCUUCCAAAGAGAAGCUGCUGGACUACGCCCGGCGCUGCUACAUCGCCCUUGAUGACGAGACGCUUAGCAGAGUGCAGGCGUUAAAGAAAAAUAACCUUUUGCUGCCCAUCUCGUAUAGGUUUAGGCACUGAGGAGAGAAAGGGAAAUAAUUGGAUUUCUCCUUGAAACAGAAGGCAGAAGUGAAAGGAAAUAAAAAGCUAACUCCUUCCUAAUGCACAUGGAAGCUGCAACUGACACUUUUCAAUGCAUAGAAACUCACCACAUUCUAUCAGUUAUAAACACAAUUUACACCCAUUUACAUUUGACAGACCUUAACCAACAUCAUUAAUGAGUUUUUUUUUUUUUUU